GCCCAGUACGCACGUUCAAGAAGACGACGUCUCUGCUGCGUCAUUUGCGCGCCGCCUCGCUCCCGAUGCACUUCUUUUCCCAACAGUCUGAAGAUAGAUGUUUCGAUUUCAGUCCCUGGAUGAUGACUGUACGUUGGAGGAGGAAGACGAUGGACUGAUAGAGGAGGAGGAUGAAAUCGAUCAGUUUAAUGAUGACACCUUUGGAGCUGGAGCCAUCGAUGACGACUGGCAGGAGGAGCACAAACGCCUCGCUGAGCUUGAUGAGCGCGAUGGUUUAGGAGCAGAGCUGGGGUUGGGAGGAGGGGGGAUGGGAGGAGAACUGGAUUUAGGAGGAGCUGAGCACUCGUCCUCCAAGCGUCUCCCUUCCUCUGCAGGCAGUCUCUCCCUCCAAUCUUCCCUCCCUUCGCUCAACUUCUCCUCGUCUUCCUCUGGACUGCCUUCGCGAGAUGUGGACGACCGAGCAGGUGAGGGUGACCUGGCUGAGUCUCUGGCCCGUCUCAUCCUGGAGGCUGACCCAGCCAUCGCCGGGGUCGGAGCUGCUGAGAGGCCCGGUCCAUCCUCCGGCCCUGCAGGGUCCAGCUUGUCUGCCCUGCAUGGGUUGGACCAACCCAGAAUCCUGCCACAGCCCACCUCCAUCCCACAUCCCCGUCACCCCCAGAGCCAGCUGCCUGCUGGGCCCCCCGCCUCAGGCCUUCCCUCCUCGUCCAUGCUCAGCUACCAGCAGCAGCAGCACCUGCUGCGUAGAGGAGCGCCUCCCAUGGGCCAGAUGAACUCCCACAGCAUCUGGGAGAACAGUAUGGGGUUCGGGCCGGUCAGUCUUACACCUGGACUGGCCACACACAUGGAGGAUAGUCCACUAAUGUCGAUAAUCAAAGAGGUGGGUCUUCCUAAACGGCCUCCUCAGGGCAGGAACGAUGAAGGACGGGAUCUGUCGGAGAGGGUUCCACCUCCACGCUCUUCCUCUCCUGUGAUUGGCUCCCCUCCGGUGAGGGCGGUGCCUAUUGGGACUCCACCAAAGCAGCCGAUGAGCCACACCCUGAAUCACCAGAUCCACCAUCCCACAGCGGUUCAUGUGAGAGCCCCGGUCCAGCACCGGUACCCCACUCCCUUCCCUGAGCGCCUGUCACCCAACACCCUCCUCAACAUAGCUAACUCUCCGCUGUGUCGCGGUCCGUUCCCUCCCAGAGUUGGUCCAGUUCUGUCUCAGAUCCAACGAGCCCAGCUGCUCAGCUCUCAGGUGGCAGGUUUUCCUCGCGGCGGUCCCGCCCCACCUUUGUUACCAGGUGGAGGCUUUAGACCGUUCUUCGGAGGCCCGCCUCCUCCAUCACACGGCCACAGGAUGGGCCCGCCACCGCCUCACGGACCCCCCAACCACGCCCCCCUCAUCCGACACAACACCACGCAUCUCCACCCGCAGCACCGGCGCAUGCUCACCCAGCGCAUGCAAAGCCGAGGAGGGGACCGUGGCAGGACUGGAGGGGACCGGCGCAGCAGAGACCCCUACAGUAACCUGAUGACCCAGAAGGAGAAGGAGUGGGUCACCAAGAUCCAGAUGAUGCAGCUGCAGAGCACCGACCCGUAUCUGGACGACUACUACUACCAGAACUAUUAUGAGAAGAUGGAGAAGCGUCAGGAGAGAGAACGAGACAGCAGCAGUAAGAAGGAGCACACCACCAAGCUCAUCACCCCACAGGUCGCCAAGGUUGAACACACCUACAGACCAGUUCAGUUUGCGGGCUCUCUGGGGAAGCUAACGGUCUCCAGCGUCAACAACCCCCGCAAGAUGAUCGAUGCCGUGGUGACGACUCGCUCAGACGAUGAGGAGAAGAGAGAGAAGCAGGUUUGGAACAAGAGGCGACAGAUCCUGUACACAGUGGAGAAGAUGUACAGCUUGCUCCUGGAGGUUCAGGACUUCGAGAAGCGUUUUGUCCAGACCCCGGAGGAGGACCGGGAGGCUCUGCUGGAGCAGCAUAAAACCAACACGGAGCAGCUGUGCGGCUCUCUGCGGGAGAAGGAGUGGGACGACCGAGUAAGCGAUGAGCAGUGUGUGAUGAUCAUGUCGGUGAGGAAGGGCAAGCGGCUCAUCGCCAGGCUCCUCCCAUUCCUGCCCUCAACCCAGGCUGGUGCUGUCGUCAUGGCGAUCGCCCGCAACCUUCCUGCCUUAGCCAAGAAGGACAAGCAGGACCAGGUGCUGUGCUGGUUAGUGGAGCCGGUCUCUGCAGUCGUCCAGUCGUUGUCCAGCUCCGCCCUCACGGAUCUGCUCCAGGAGCUGCAAGGAAGCGAGGGCCAGCUGGUCAAAGUGCUGCAGAACAAGUUUGGCGUGACACUGCUGUACCUGAUCCUGAGUGAAGGAGAGAGGAUGCAGAGCUCCGACCCAAACUGUCAACUCAUGGAUGACAAUCGAUGGACUGAGUUGGUGUUUUCGGUGACGAGGGAGCUGCUCAGCGUCCCCUCUUCGUCACUGUCUCCUCCCCUCUUCACCCCUCCAAACCUCCUCUCCCUCUUCUCUCGCUACGUAGACCGACAGAGGCUGGAGCUGUUACAGGACAAGCUACAGAUCUCUGCUCUGUCCAGGUAGAAGCCCCGCCCCCCCAUGCAGAACUUCAGUGUGUCAACAGAGUCGACGGUGGAUCGUUUUAAUGCAUCAAAACCUCCAGUCAUUUCUCUUUGUCCUCGUCUGGGUGUGUGUGUGUGUGUGUGUGUGUGUGUGUGAGUGUGUGGGUGUGUGUGUGUGUGUGUGUGUGUGUGUGUGUGAGUGAGUGUGUGAGAGGUGUCUGAAUGACAAUAAAAAUGGAAUCUGCAUUUUUAAAUAUCUUGUUUACGAUUAUGCCUGUGAUGAAAAUUAAAAGUAUUUCUAAUAUAA